AUGCGAAGCGUAGCGCUCUCUGUGCUUGCCUUGGCCGCCACUGGCGCCCUCGGUCAAUCAGAAGAACCCAAACCGUUAUUCAAAUCGACUCCCAUCAAGGCUCCCUUCCUCGAGCAAUUCACUGACGACUGGAAAGAACGCUGGACGCCCUCAGAGGCAACCAAGAAGACCCCAGUUGGCAGCGAGACCUUCAGCUACGUGGGUGAAUGGAAGGUCGAGGAGCCAUCCAUCUCCGUCCUUGAGGGUGACCUUGGUCUUGUUGCUAAGAGCAAGGCUGCCCACCACGCCAUUUCUGCGCCAUUUGCUACCCCCAUCGACUUCAAGACCAAGCCUCUUGUCGUCCAAUACGAGGUCAAGUACCAGAAGGGCGGUAACUGCGGUGGUGGAUACCUCAAACUCCUUGAAGACGGCUUCCAAAGCAGCGGCAAGGAGUUCUCCGACACCACUCCCUGGGUCGUGAUGUUUGGUCCUGACCUUACUUGCCCAGGCACUAAGGUCCACUUCAUCUUCCGCUACAAGUCUCCCAAGACUGGCGAAUACGAGGAGAAGCAUCUCGCGCUCCCUCCCCGUCCCACGAUUGAGAAAUUGACUAACCUUUACACGCUCAUUAUCAACCCUGACAAUACCUACGACGUCUUGUUCAACGGCGCCAGCGAGAAAUCUGGCAGUCUGCUUGAGGACUUCGAACCCGCCGUUAACCCUCCCAAAGAAAUCGACGACCCCGAGGACAAGAAGCCCGAGGACUGGGUUGACCUCAAGAGAAUCGAGGACCCCGAAGCCACCAAGCCCGCAGACUGGGACGAAGAGGCACCUUAUGAAAUCGUUGACGAGGAGGCCACGAAACCUGAGGGCUGGCUCGACAACGAACCCAGCACCAUCCCCGACCCUGACGCCGAGAAGCCCGAAGAGUGGGACGACGAGGAAGACGGUGACUGGAUCGCACCUACUGUUGCCAACCCCAAGUGUGCUGAGGCUCCUGGAUGUGGCGAGUGGAAACGCCCGAUGAAGGCCAACCCCGCUUACAAAGGCAAGUGGUACGCGCCAUUCAUCGACAACCCCGCCUACAAGGGUGAAUGGGCUCCACGCAAGAUCGCCAACCCCAACUUCUACGAGGAUCUGACACCCGUCAAAUCUCUUAACAAGAUCGGUGGUGUUGGUAUUGAACUCUGGACUAUGACUGAGGACAUCCUCUUCGACAACAUCUACAUUGGCCACUCAGUCGAGGACGCCAAAGCCCUUGCUGCCGAAUCGUUCGAUAUCAAGAAGCCUCUUGAGGCCGCCGCCGCCAAACCCGCUGAUGCCGAGGACGAUGACGAGGAAGAGACCAAGUCGUUCAAGGAAGACCCCGUUGGCUUCCUGCGUAACAAGGCCCUCGCGUUCAUCGACCUUGCCAAGAUUGACCCCGUUCUUGCCGCCAAGACUCAACCCGAGACUGCCAUCGUCCUCUUCAGCGCUUUCCUCACCCUGCUCGGUAUGAUCGGCACCUUGUUCGGCUGUGUCGUCCCCCAAAACAAAGAACCCGCCAGCCCAUCGACCACCAAACCUGCCAAGGACACCACACCAGUGGCCCCUGCUGGUGGCGAGAAGAAGGAGGAGAGCACGACCGUCAAGAAGAGGAAGUAG